UAUUAUUAUCAUCAUCAUUGUUAUUGUUAUUAUCAUUAUUAUUAAUUCUACGAUCAUAUCGAUAUUUCCGAAUAUUUCUAAACGAUAAUUUUUCUUUUCCUUCGUUUCAAUCGCCUUUGGAUUCCAACAAAAUUUAUCGUCUUAAAACGUUUUGACAUUUUAUUUUUUCCCUUUCUUUCGAGCCAAAUACCUAAGGAUUUAUUCGAUUAGAACGGAUUUGCGUAUAUCAGUGUGUGAUAAAAGCAGAAAGUAAAGACAGACUGAGAUAGAACGAGAGACUGGGAAAGACUGACAGAGAGAGAGAGAGAGAGAGAGAGAGAGAGAGAGAGAGAGAGAGAGAGAGAGAGAGAGAGAGACAGAGAGAGACAGAGUGAGAAAUAGAGGAAGAGACGAGCCAUGACAAUGCCGGAAACGUAAGGACACACCGGUUGGAGGAAGCGCGCGCUAUGGCGCAGAAAUGGUGAUGAAUCUCAAAGGCGAUCACCGUCCGGGCGUUCGUCCCAAGGUACAUCGAGGACAAGAUUACUAAGGAUGGCCUUUCACUGGGAUAAACUCUCGCCCGCGGAAUUUCAACAGCUCCAGGAUUUGGCAGCUUAUUCAACAAGAAAGCUACAAGAUGUUCUUACAGAAUUUUGUGGCAGCAAUACGACGGCAAGCGGUGUACCAAAAUAUCAUCCCGAUGGGGACAUCGAUUACGAAGGUUUUAGAAAAUUUCUGGAUACCUAUCUCGAAGUCGCGACACCCGAUGAACUCUCGCGUCACCUUUUUCUCUCGUUCGUUAAAAAGGAUUCCCGUGGUGUCGAUGGCAAGGCCUUUAAGGAAAUGGCUGUGCUCUCGUCGACGACUGCAUGCGCGGCGAUUACUUCUCACACAACCUCGAGCAGUAACGUGAACAGCACUGGAUUAUCGGGUGGAGGGGCAUGCACUGAUAGCCACGUUGGUAGUUCCUCGUUGGUCGACAAAAUUCAUGGACUUACGGAAAAGCUGCAAGCUCUGGGACACCACAGAACCGAGAGCGAAGCCUCGUCGAGAACGAGAACCGGAAGCGUACAUCCAAUGCUGACGGUAACGCGAACGUCCUACAGUUGUCACGACGUUCUCGAGAAGAAAAGCACCGAUAGCAGCCCAAGUCACAGUCAAAUGUCGCGAAAUUCGUCGAGGAAGUCGAACAAUUCGCUUCUCGUCAACAACGGGAAAUUGGAAGAGAUGAGACAUCUUGUUAGAAAGCAAAGUACAAUAGACGUCCACUCGGUUAAGGUCAGCUUGAAGGAUAUCGUCUGUUAUCUUUCUCUAUUGGAAGCAGGUAGACCAGAAGACAAAUUAGAGUUCAUGUUCCGGCUCUACGAUACUGAUGGGAAUGGCGUCCUUGACACGAACGAAAUGGACUGCAUCGUGAAUCAAAUGAUGAACGUAGCCGAAUAUCUCGGUUGGGACGUCACCGAAUUAAAACCGAUAUUACAAGACAUGAUGAUAGAGAUCGAUUACGAUGCGGAUGGUACGGUGUCCUUGGAGGAAUGGAAGAGGGGCGGAUUAACGACCAUUCCAUUGUUAGUUCUCCUUGGUCUCGAUUCUCACGUGAAGGAGGAUGGAAAUCAUUUGUGGAGAUUGAAGCACUUCAGCAAACCCGCUUAUUGCAAUCUAUGCUUGAACAUGUUAGUUGGACUUGGAAAAAAGGGACUCUGUUGUGUCUUCUGCAAGUAUACUGUUCACGAAAGGUGCGUUCAAAGAGCACCGGCAUCGUGCAUUGCGACCUAUGUGAAAAGUAAAAAGACAUCGCAAACCAUGCUCCAUCACUGGGUCGAGGGCAAUUGUCACGGAAAGUGCUCCAAGUGCAGAAAAACCAUUAAAAGUUACAACGGAAUCACGGGACUCCAUUGCCGUUGGUGUCAGCUGACCCUGCACAACAGAUGCGUGUCCCAAGUGAAAGCCGAAUGCACUCUCGGCGAAUACGCUGUACACAUUUUACCGCCUACGGCGAUAUGUCCGGUGGUAUUGGACAGACAGAGAUCUUUGUCGAGGGAUAGCAAAAGGGGUAGUAAACAUGGGCAGGAUACUUCAUCCGUCAGUUCCGGUGGUUUCUUAAGCUGCGGUGUUAGUACGUCGAAUCAACAACCAGCAAUGUCCUUCCAAAUAACGCCAUCCUCAGAUACGAUACCGUUAUUGGUCUUCAUUAAUCCAAAAUCUGGUGGUAGACAAGGCGAAAGGAUGUUGAGAAAGUUCCAAUACAUACUGAAUCCCAGACAGGUACACAAUCUUGCUAUAGGUGGUCCGAUGCAAGGCUUGCAAAUGUUCAAAGACGUCGAGAACUUUAGGGUAAUUUGUUGCGGUGGCGAUGGUACCGUCGGCUGGGUUUUAGAAACUAUGGAUCGGGUGCAGUUCGAACAUCAGCCUGCCGUUGGUGUUAUACCACUUGGUACUGGUAACGAUCUAGCCAGAUGUCUACGUUGGGGUGGUGGAUACGAGGGCGAAGCUAUUUACAAAGUAUUAAAGAAAAUAGAAAAAUCCACGCCAGUGAUGAUGGACCGUUGGCAGAUAGAGGUACUUGAUCAGAAAGAGGAGAAGAAGCCUAAUCAAGACAGUAUACCAUACAACAUCAUUAAUAAUUAUUUUUCCGUUGGCGUUGACGCCGCAAUUUGCAAUAAGUUUCAUGUCGAGAGGGAAAAAAAUCCGGAAAAAUUUAACAGCCGAAUGAAGAACAAACUUUGGUAUUUCGAAUAUGCGACGACCGAACAAUUUGCUGCCAGUUGUAAAAAGCUCCACGAGCAUCUCGAAUUAAUUUGCGACGGUACGCCUUUGGAUUUGGCUCAUGGACCAUCUCUACAGGGUGUUGCCUUGUUGAACAUUCCUUUCACUCACGGAGGUUCGAAUCUUUGGGGUGAGCAUCAUGCAAGGCAUCGUCUUGGUAAACGAAAGAAAAGGCCGGACAAAGAACUCAGUACUAGUAGCUUUAAUUCCGUAGAUCUUACUGCCGCGAUACAGGAUAUCGGGGACAAUCUAAUAGAAGUGAUAGGCUUGGAAGAUUGUUUGCACAUGGGCCAAGUUAAAACGGGAUUACGAAAUUCUGGCAGAAGAUUGGCUCAAUGUAGCAGCGUGACCAUCAUCACGACCAAACGGUUCCCCAUGCAAAUAGAUGGCGAACCAUGGAUGCAAGGUCCAUGCACGAUACACGUAACGCAUAAAAAUCAAGUACCGAUGCUGAUGGCACCGGCACCUGACAAGAGCAGAGGCUUCUUUCGAUUUUUGAGGAGGUGAACGAUCGCUUCGAAAACGAGAGAAACAAAUCAACAAAGAUAAUAGGACGAUCUCUUUGCUCCUCCUUCUUCUCCUUCUUCUCCUCCUACUCUUACUCCUUCUCCUCCUCCUAUAUCUACUUCUCCUUUUCCUUUUCCCUCUCCUUCGCCUUCUCUCCCCACUACCUUCAUUCAUCAACCUUUACCUAGUCUUGCCAUUUUUUCUCUCACUCCAUUUCAAUCACUUUAUUAUUUCUUUUCUUCGACGCGAGAAACAGGUUCGAUUGUUACAUACUUAUCGCUUCGAUAUUCGUUUUAAAUACAAAAAAAAAAAAAGAAUAAAAUAAAGUAAAAUAAAAUAAACAAAAAAAAUAAAAAAUAAAAAAAUAUCAACAACAACAACAACAACAACAACUCGAAGGAUCGACCGAGUUUACGUGGCUUAGGUAUUCUUGUGUACAGUAUUUUUGAAAAUAAUAAUAAUAAUAAUAAUAAUAAUAAUAAUAAUAAUAAUAAUAACAGUAAUAAUAAUUAAUUAAUUGAUUGAUUAAUUGAUUGAUUGAUUGAUUGAUUGAUUGAUUGAUUGAUU